UAUAAACUGCCUCAGUGGGUUUAGAGUAAAAUACUUACGUAUGCCUUAGUUGUGCUUACAUAAAACAAAUAAAAAAAUUUAUAAUACAGUUUAAAUAAUUCUUGCAAAAACAGAAAACAAAUAUGCUGUUCGUUUUGAUUCUGUUAAAUUUGAUUGUCGUAACAUCAACCAAUGAUAAUUGGCAUCAACUUGAUGGCAUCGAAUAUUACAUUGAGUAUACAGCAGUUAUUGGAGUUGAUAAAGCAAAGGAAGGUUGUAAAGCAAUAAGCGCCAUUCUAGCUGUUGUUAAAUCUCAACGAAUUCAAGAUUUUCUUGUCAAAAAUAUCAAUACCACAAAGUUAACAGUUAAACCAUAUUCAUUCUACAUUGGUUUGCGUCGUCCCAGUUCAAAUACAUUGGAAUGGUCGGAUGGUACAACAACUAAUACAUCGGUCUUCACUUAUUGGGCUGGUAAUGCGAAAAAAUACGACAACAGGAAACCUUGUGUUACCAUGGGAUACCAAGCAUCAUUGGAUGCGUCAUUUAAAUGGAAGAUUGAAGAAUGCGGGAAGACCCAUCGUUAUAUUUGUCAAAGGGCUGCUCCCACCACUUUACCCCCUACAACAACAGAAAUAACAACAAUACAAGAAACAACAACAACAACAACAACAACCACAAAUUUUAUUAUUUAUGUUGCAAUUGGAAUUGGAGCAAUUGUAGUCAUUUUAAUAAUUGGAAUAAUCUACUUUAAGUUUUUCAGGAAAAAACAAGAAUCCAGUGAAGCAGAAAUGCGCGAAAACGUGUUGUACGGCAUAACUAACCAUGCAAGUACUUUGGAUACGAACCAAAGUGUUUACGAAACCGCUGACAAAGUAUCUCCAGUGUACAGUUAUGCCGGUGAAGGCAGUUCAAGUGGGGUACCGCGCAGUGAAAAUACUUUGGUCAUACACUCAGUGAACCAGGAAAUUAAGUUUGUUAAUCCAAAUGCUGUUUAUAGCGAAGUAAAUCAAAGUAGUGUUUAUUCUGUCGUGAAAAAAUAAGAUUUCCAUAUAAAAAAAGUUAAAAAAAAUAUGGAUUUCACACACAAAAAAUGAAAGACAUAAGAAUUUCCACACAUAAAAAAAUUAAAAUAUCAGAUUUCAAUCAUAAAAAAUAUAAUGUAAAUAACUGUAAAUUAUACCAGAGGUAAUAAAA